AUGGUCUACAUUCGCCAUAGCGAGCUGCCGGCGCUGCGCGAGUACAAGUACUCGUCGGUGGACCGAUCGCUCGUGUCCAAGUACAUCCUGAAGCCAUUCUACACAAACUUUGUCAUCCACCUGUUCCCGAUGACCAUGGCACCCAACAUGAUAACGCUGACGGGGUUCGUGUUUGUGGUGGUGAAUUUCCUGACGCUGCUGUGGUACAACCCGACGCUGGACCAGGACUGCCCGCCGUGGGUGUACUUUAGCUGGGCGAUCGGCUUGUUUCUCUACCAGACGUUUGAUGCCGUCGAUGGCGCGCAGGCUCGUCGCACCAAGCAAUCCGGUCCCCUUGGCGAACUCUUUGACCAUGGCGUCGACGCCCUCAACACCUCCCUCGAAGUCCUCAUCUUUGCCGCCUCCCAGAACAUGGGCCAAGGAUGGAAGACGGUCGCCACACUCUUCGCCUCCCUUCUCACCUUUUACGUCCAAACCUGGGAUGAGUACCACACCAAGACACUCACGCUCGGCAUCGUCAACGGCCCCGUCGAAGGCGUCCUCAUCCUCGUCUUGGUCUACGCCCUGACCGGCUUCCUCGGCGGCGCCCACGUCUGGCAGCAGAGUAUGCUGCGAGCUUUCGGCUUCCCCGACAACAUGGGCAUCCCCAUGUCCAUCUACAACCUGUCCUUUACUGAGUGGUACCUGGUGCAGGGCACCAUUGUGCUCGUCUUCAACACGGUCGAGUCGUCGCUCAAUGUGAUGCGCGCGCGUCGUGCCCGCGGCGAGAACUCGCGCGGCGCCCUCAUCGGUCUUGGCCCCAUUUUUGCCGUCUGGUUCCUCGUCGUCUCGUAUCUCAAGCAGCAGCCCGUCAUCCUCCGCAAUCACCUGGUUCCGUUUGCCAUUUUUGUCGGUCUCGUCAACGCCUACUCGGUCGGCCGUAUGAUUACAGCGCAUCUCCUCAAGCAGGACUUUCCUUAUUACAAUGUGCUUGGCGCGCUGCUCAUGAUUGGCGUUGCGGACUCGAUGGGGCCUGUUCUUGCGGAUCGCUUUGGUUUUGGCUGGCCCAGCGCCCUCGGCGACGGCCCUUACCAGGUUGCCUACGUGUUCUUCAUGCUCGGCACAGCGUUUGGCGUCUAUGGCAGCUUUGUGGUCGAUGUGAUUGUCACCAUUUGUGAUUACCUUGAUAUUUGGUGCCUGACUAUCAAGUAUCACCACGUCGAGGACGAUGCUGUCACCAAGGCUCCUGAGCCUGCGUGGUCCAAGACGCAAAAGACGCAUUAA